ACAACUCCUGAACCCAUUCUUGUACGUGAAAACCUAACGUUACCCAGAGACUGAAGCCCUGACUGAACUGUCAACAAAAGAUUUGACAGUCUGGACAUCCAACUGGGAGGGGUCAGGAAUCUCUGGACAGAAGGCAGUUGUAGCCCAAAGUUGUGCUGUUACGGCAGGUCAGAGAGACUGUUUUAGAGACUGUGUCGUUGGUGGAGAGUCUUACUAGGGAGAGGAGUUUUUUUGUCUGGGCUGGCUAACAGGUCACCGUCCUCGGUAUGUGUCAGCACGUGAAACAACAGCAGCUGAGUUGUCUCACCCUGAAGGAGCAGGUCUCGAUCAUAGCCAGUGACAGAGUGAUCGAGAAGCUUGAUGUCCAUCCUGUCAAGGGUUCGAGAGUGGGUGAGGAUGAAAAGAGGCAACAGUGGCAUGAAAGGAAGCCUGAAGCCUUUCCUUUUAAGAAAGCAACAGAACCUCCUGGAGGAGUAACCAACCACAGCUGUUUUAGAAGCCAGUGGUGGCAGGGUGUGGACUGUGGAGUUCUACAGUAUAGAUGCAGAUCCUAACCACAAACACAUAUGGGUGUGCUGUGGAGCCGAACUGCAUUGGUGGAGAGAAGUUUGGUUCUGUAUACCAACAUGACAAGGAUGGAGACGUCUUGUCUGGAGUUGGCCCUGGAGGGGGAGAGGCAGUGUAAGGUGGGGAAUUACCGUGCCGGGGUAUCCUUCUUUGAGUCGGCAAUCCAGGUUGGCACAGAGGACCUCCAGAUCCUCAGCGCCAUCUACAGCCAGCUGGGCAACGCCUACUUCCACCUGCAGGAGUACAGCAAGGCUCUAGAAUACCACCGCCACGACCUCAACCUCACCAGAACCAUUGGAGAUGAACUUGGAGAAGCAAAAGCCAGUGGUAACCUUGGGAACACUUUGAAGGUUUUGGGAAGGUUUGAGGAAGCAGUGGUCUGUUGCCAAAGACACUAUGACAUUACCAGAGGGAUGUAUGAUAAGGUUGGGCAGGCCCGAGCGCUGUAUAAUUUUGGCAACGUUUACCAUGCCAAGGGGAAAAGCAUCUGCUGGACUGGAGCAGAGCCAGGAGAAAUCCCUGAGGAGGCCAAGGUCGCUCUGAACAAAGCCACAGAGUAUUACGAAUUCAACCUUUCCAUUGUGAAGGACUUGGGGGAUCGGGCAGCACAGGGGCGGACCUAUGGUAACCUAGGUAACACACACUAUUUGCUCGGAAACUUCCAGCGAGCUGUGGUGGCCCAUGGACAGCGUCUCCUCAUCGCUAAGGAGUUUGGGGACAGGGCGGCUGAGAGGAGGGCCUACUAUAACCUAGGCAACGCAUACAUCUUCCUAGACCAGUUUGAAGUGGCGGCUGAACAUUACAAGAAGACUCUGCAGCUGGCCAUGGUGCUGAAGGAUAAGGCUGUGGAGGCUCAGGCCUGUUAUAGCCUGGGGAACACCUACACACUGCAGCAGGACUACCAGAGAGCCAUCGACUACCACCUCAAACACCUUAUCAUCGCACAGGAGCUCAAGGACAGGGUUGGGGAGGGCAGAGCAUGCUGGAGUUUAGGAAAUGCCCACACAGCCUUGGGGAAUCAUCAGAAGGCCAUUCACUUUGCUGAGAAGCAUCUGGAGAUAUCUAAAGAGACUGGAGACAAAAAUGGUGAGGCAACAGCCAGGAUGAAUAUGGCAGACCUGAGGUUAGUUCUGGGUCUGGGUCAGAACCCAAGCUCAAGCCUCAACACUAACAACAGCUCUGUUCUGACUGAGAACCACAGGAAGCAGGAUACCUUACCAGGUGUGAAGUCAGAAGGAAGGAGUAACAGUAUGGAGGACUUGGAGCUUAUAGGACUGGGCCCUGAGAAAACAACUGUAGAAAACUGGGACGAAGAUGUAUUCAGGCCUUCUAACCCUAAAUCCAGCAUGGCCAAGGCCUCCUCCAAACUGUUCUUCAUCAACCGGUUCAGAGGGAAGAAACACAAGAAACACAGCUCUCCUACCAGAGGUGGGGUCCUCCAAGACACCAGCAACAAGCCCACAGCCCGAGAGAUGGACACGCAUAAGUCAGGAGUCAAGAUCGGAUGUUCUGACACUCUGGGUGACGAUGGCUUCUUCGACCUCCUCAGUCGUUUCCAGGGCAGCAGAAUGGACGACCAAAGGUGCUCCUUAUUGGACGGCGAGAGCCGUCUCUCCGAUCCCUUCUCUCCCUGUACUACCCCGCCCGUAGCCAUGAGGAAAUCUACUUUCGCAUGCGAGGCCAACCCGGAGCCUGGGCAUUGCCUGGAUCUGCGGGACAGCUCCCAGGGCAGUCGACUGGACGAGCAGAGAGCCAGCGUGGGCAGCAGCCUCCCCGGUCUACGUCUCAGCACCUCCGAUCAGCCCAUCAGGCUCCGCCCCAUGCUCAGUCGCCUGAUGACCAGUGCUGACCAGCCUCAGGAUGACGACGUCUUCUUUGACAUGCUAGUCAAGUGCCAGGGUUCAAGACUGAAUGACCAGCGGUGUGAAGAACCCCCUCCCUCCACUAGAGGUCCUACUGUCCCAGCUGAGGACUUCUUUAGCCUUAUCCUGCGCUCCCAGGCUAACCGGAUGGACGAGCAGCGGGUCCCACCACCACCCCUAAGCGUCGACCCUAACCAGCCCAUCUCGGACUGACCAGCUUGUCUACUUCUACCUCUCCUCAGCUUCUCUCAGCCCAGAAACCAGCACACAAAUGCAUUCCUCUACCAAAGCCCUAACUGAAAAUGGAUCUACCCCACCACACUAAAUCAUGGAGUCCUAAUGUACAGACUUAUUAUUCUGGCAGAGAUGUUACUUUGAUGUUGUGUUGACUGGGCUCCUUUCAGCCUUUCUCAGUGUGUGAAUGACCCAGACAGUGCAAUAAACUGACGAUUUUUCAUAGUUAAA